ACAAUAGAAAAGAGGCUGCCUCUCUAGCUUUAGAUCUACGGCGUAUAGUAUAACUAAACGUUAGUUUCUUGGGGAUAUCUUUAAUUCGUAUCAGAUUAUCGAUCUAUUCGUUCCUUAACAUCUUGAAUGACUCGUUUCAUCUUUUCUACACAAUCUUCAAGAAUCUGAUGCACAUCAGCCCAGCCCAGUCCGCCUCAGCUCCAUUUUAGACUGAGGCUAAGAAACAGGUCUGACAAAAAAAGAACAGCACCACCUCACCACAGUCCUUCACUGUCCUAUCAUCUCGGUCAAUCAAUCAUCAGUCUUGCCCGUCAGUCUUGGUCUCGUAUUCCCAGCCCAUUAGACAUCAUUCUUUCAUCUUCUUUCUUGUUUCUCUACUAUUCUAUUCUUUGAAGAACUUGCUCAUCCAACCAGUUCCCUGGCACUCGCUCCGUCCUAGACAUUACUCUCACCAUUAAAAACGCCCUGAUCUCACUGCACAAACCCUGGACUGCACUGCAUACCCUGGCAGCUGAACCGUAUACUAGCACCGUAUUUACGUACUGCCUGCACCUGCACCUGCACCUGGCCCGGCUUGUCCUGACCUGGCUGGUUCCAUCUGGCCCUGUCCUCCUCGCUCCACGUCCGCGCGCUCAUUCAGGUCCGGACGUCCCUGGUUACUUUACUCACCCAUCCAACGAUUCUCUUACCAAAAAGUCCGUUGGCAAAAAAAAUAAGGGGUCCUAUCCCAGAUCUCGACGACAUUUCUCUGACCGAACCGACCUUACUCUCCAAUUAACCAUCAUCACCUUCAUAUCACUCAAUCCAGCCCUAUCCAAUCCCUUUCGGCCUAGCUUAGCUUGUUCCUGUUGUUAUCACCGCGACGACGCCCUCUUGAUCGCUGUAGCUCGUUGCUCUUCCACCCAUAAUCAAUCGACGGUAACGAUUAACCGACGCAUUACCCAGAUCUGGGGCCCGUAGCAGACUCCAGAUCCGAUUUCCUCCUACGAUUAGUCUCGAAACGUCAUCAUCACGCAGCCUCGAGGUCAUAUAACUCAGUCAUCAUGAGCGCAAAUCCUAGCAACGUUAUCCGCAGGAAGUUGGUCAUUAUCGGUGACGGUGCCUGCGGCAAGACCAGUUUGCUGAGCGUAUUUACGCUAGGUUACUUUCCUACACAUUAUAUCCCCACAGUCUUUGAGAACUAUGUGACAGAUUGUAGAGUAGACGGCAAGUCCGUCCAGCUUGCUCUAUGGGAUACCGCUGGCCAAGAAGACUACGAACGAUUACGACCGCUCGCCUACUCAAAAGCCCAUGUCAUCUUGAUAGGAUUUUCCGUCGACACACCAGAUUCCCUUGACAACGUUAAGCACAAGUGGAUUGAGGAAGCCACUCGCCUGUGCACCGGUGUUCCCAUUAUUCUCGUUGGUCUUAAGAAAGAUCUUCGAGAGGAUCCCGUCGCGAUCGAAGAAAUGCGCAAGAAGUCGAUGCGUUUUGUAUCUGAACAUGAUGGAGAGGCAAUCGCCCGGGAAAUUGGUGCAAAGCGAUAUCUUGAAUGCUCCAGCUUGAGCGGCGAAGGCGUCGACGACGUAUUUGAGGCUGCCACUCGUGCUGCUCUGCUGACCUUUGAGAAGGGCGAGGGCGGCGGUUGCUGCGUUGUGCUGUAAAACCGUCAGCCAUGCGCCUCCGAACGAACCACCAUCCACGCCACUUGGAUGUGCUCACACAAUACCAGGGACAACAUGCAGCUGUUCCUAGGUUUCAUCUUUAAGCGAUCGAUCACCACUUCGCCUCGGCCGCACUAUCAACAUAUGUUCAGACAUCUGGAGACGAGUGUAGAUUUUUGGAUCAUCAGGGAAUCAAUUUAGGAUAUAGAGGAUUUAUUGCUCGGCGCCCCAGGAGGACAACUUCCUUUCUUAUAUUCUACACUCGCUCACUCUCAAAACUCAUCAUCACGGAAUUGAAGCUAAAGGCAGCAUCACAUUCCGGCGUUUCGGCCGACCCGAUCCUAUUUACUAUCUAUCUAUUCCACGGCCGAUCUUCUCUCGAAUGCCGACAUCCUCACUAUCACGUUUCCUUUCUGGCGUUGUUAUUCAGAAGAUAAUCAAUAUGCAAAGACUCGCUCAUUGAGUCUUCUCAGACACAACUAAGUGACUACCAUCCAGCCAUGUGCACCCUCAAUUUCCUUACGAUCCGGAACUGCAUUUUGGACCUGUUUUGAAUACUGGUCAUUUCAUCUGACCUGACACUCUUAAUAUCUGAGCGGAAUUGCAGAAACAACUUUUAUAUACCUAGCAUCCUGAGGAGAGACAAAAAUCGGAGAGGAGCAAGGGUGCAUGGGCAGAAAGAAGGACACUUGCAUGAUUUGGUUCGAGCGGGUUAAGAUACGCAUAUUCACUCUCUGUAUUAAUAAUUGGAAUAGCGGCAUAGAACUGGCUUUGUCGAGCGUUGGGAAGAUGAGAGUGAAUCAAUGACAUGGAUUAAGAUGACGGGAGAUUGGUGCUGUCAUUUACGGACCUGAUACUUAAUGAGAGUGAUGAUCUUUGCAUUUAAUGUGGUUCAUACAUAACUAGCUACCUUUCACGACGUCUUUGAAAGGAUUGGGUGGCCUUGAGUAGUAUCUUGCCUCCCCUUGAAUGGGCUUAAUAAGAAUCGUAAACAUUGGCUUUCUAAUCACUAUCAUCUGACAGCUGCCUUAUCAUACAUACAGUACACUUUCUAUUCUAAACAUUCUUUUUCGGGUUGGGACAGUAAAUAAUACUUCAAUCGUUGUUCCUCUUCCACUCAUGGUUCCAUGCGUUCUUAGCUGGGUGAUCUGUUUGAUAACGCGCAUACUCGAUGGGAAUUGCGUCAAGACCCCAGACACCCUUCUUUUCCAUAGCAACACGGUACAGGUAGCCCUCGUCUCUGUUUCCCGGGCCAACUGUUUUGCGCAGCUCUUCACAAGCAUUGUACAUGCCGCUGAAGAUGCGAGAGCGUUCCUGCUCAGUUGCUAGAUGCUGCUGUCGACGGAAGAGUUGCCAAGCGCGGUGGAUGGUCCAGUGGCGGAGGUAUCGAAGACGGGCCAUUCGUAGAGGAGGGGGAGCGGGAGAGAACAUAUUUUGGCGGAGCGUGCGGAUGCGGUAGAAGUUUUCGGACUUCGGAGCUGCGUGCUUUCUGCGAGGAGGGACCUUGCCGGCAUUGGGGCUCUUCGGCGCGGCCUUGGGAGGUGUGCGGGCAAGCAUAUUCGCUGUGGUAGAGAAAAGACGGGUCGUUUGCGUCGUAGAAGCAGGCUGGCGGGUAAAGAGCCCGCGGAGAGAGAAUAUUGAAGACAUCGUAAGGUUUGGAGGUGCGAAGCAGGCGGGGAGGUCUCAAGUUGUUGACCAAGACAUAAAUAUUCAGGACAAUCGUAUUGCAACAAUGAUGUAAUCCAACUCAAGUUCGAAACGAAUUGGCGUUGAUUAUCGUUCGGCGGUUCGAUUCGUCUUAAUUCUGUGUAGGGAAAGGCGCAUUGAAUGGUUGGGCCGAGACUUGUCCGCUUUGUUCGGCUUCUUCGUGGGCCUGACGCAGUCUUUCCUGAAUCAAUUGAUCGUAUGGUUGGAGUGCAGCUCGGCAGUCUCUCAACCGGGGCAAGUUAUGCUCGACACUUGGGUUGAGACAGUCGUAUUUGAAGGUUUGAUUAUU